AGCCUAUGUUGCGCUCAAAGUGUCGACACGUGGUGUAAAGGACAUGCCACAGAAGGCUCCGCGCCGAGUCUGCACCAUCAUUCGCCUGUCACAGACCUCUGCUCCAUUGCCGUGUCUUCCCUCCCAUCGUCGAAGAGGGCACAGGCAUAGAUCAAGAACAUCCAGGAUGGGAUCCCGACGCGCUGUCAUCCCUCCUCUUCUGCUCGUCUUCUUGCUCGUGCUGAGCUCAGCAGCCGUGACAGUCAUGGGUGUCAAACACGAAGACUUCAAGCUUUGCUCCCAAUCAUCCUUUUGUCGACGUCUUCGAUCCAUAGCGACGAAGCAGAGUGAUGCUCAUCCAGGAUCAUUUCAAUCUCCCUACUCUCUCGGCUCACCCAUCCCCUCGCCAGAAGUAAAUGGAGCAAGUUGGACUUGGCCAGUCACGUCCAGUUUGUACCCUGAUAUCGGCUUCAAUCUCCGAAUCGACAUUCUCUCACAAGGGGAUGGUAUAGCGAGAGUUCGGAUGGACGAAGUGGGGUCGAGAACACCUCAUAAGCGAUAUAACGAGACUGCCAAAUGGGCUUUGGUAAAUGCUGAACCGUCCUUGGCUCCGACAUCUGCAGUCAAGCUGUCUUCAAGUAAGACAGCCUCAAUAUUGUCAUUCGGUUCUGGACAGAGUCUUGCAGUGGAGCAUGCCCCGCUCAAAAUCACCAUGUUACGCGACGGAAGACCAGAGAUAGUCUUGAACGAACGAAGCCUUUUCCACAUGGAGCAUUUCAGGACAAAAGCCGUUGACUCUCCGGCGGAUCCCGAGGCCAUUCAGAGUGAGGGCGAGCAGGCCGUCUUGAAGGGCGAUGAGAUGGAUCGAUCAUGGUUCGAGACGGCUGAUAACGAUAUGUUUGAAGAAAGCUGGAAGCGAUGGAGAGAUUUAAAGCCGAAAGGACCCGAAGCUCUAUCCCUUGACAUCACCUUUCCAGGCGUCCAACAUAUUUAUGGUCUCCCGGAGCACGCUUCACCAUUAUCACUGCCUGAUACAGUGGGAUCUGCUGCAAGAUACUCGGAGCCUUAUCGACUGUUCAACGUGGACAUUUUCGAGUAUCUUGCAGACUCCCCCAUGUCCCUGUACGGUGCAAUCCCUCUUCUCCACGCACAUUCCAAGACGUCUUCGGUGGGCGUCCUCAACCUGGUUGGAUCAGAGACGUGGGUUGAUGUCCUGCACGAUCAAGCGGACGUACACACGCACUGGAUGUCUGAGUCUGGAAUUCUGGAUGUCCUUCUGCUGCCUGGACCUAGACCACAACAGCUGUUCGAACAAAUGGCCGUCUUGACCGGUCCCACGCCUCUCCCACCUCAAUGGUCCACAGCGUACCAUCAGUGCAGAUGGAAUUAUAUCGACGAAGCUGAUGUCCUGGAGGUCGACAAGAAAUUCGACGAGGUAGAUAUUCCCCUCGACGUCACUUGGCUCGAUAUCGAAUACGCAGAGGAACACAAAUACUUUGAAUGGGACAAGAAGCAUUUCCCAGAGCCGACCAGAAUGCUGAAGAAGGUCGAGGAGAAGGGACGCAAGAUGGUGGCCAUCGUCGAUCCUCACAUCAAAAACUCUGAUUUUCGCAUCGCCAACGACGCCAAGCGACUGGACAUUCUCAUCAAAGAUGCCAACAAGAAUGACUUUACAGGCUUCUGUUGGACCGGAAACAGCGUCUGGGUGGACUUUUUCAACCCCAAGUCUAUGGAGUGGUGGAAAGAAAUGUUCACGUUCCAGGUUUGGGAGGACUCCGCCAAGAACCUGUUCAUCUGGAACGACAUGAACGAACCUUCAGUCUUUGACGGUCCGGAGAUCACGGUACCCAAGGAUUCUCUCCAUUAUGACGGAUGGGAGAAUCGAGAUGUCCACAACAUCAACGGGAUGCUUUUCCAUCGAGCGACGUCGGAAGCUCUGGUAGCUCGAGAAACGCCGUCCCAACGACCGUUUGUCCUUUCGCGAGCCUUUUUCGCGGGAUCGCAACGAUACGGUGCCAUCUGGACGGGCGAUAACAUGGGAACGUGGGAUCACAUGGCGGGAGAGACCGCCAUGUUGUUGUCCAACAAUAUUGGUGGCAUGUCCUUCUGUGGAGCCGACGUCGGUGGAUUCUUCGGCAACCCUAGUGAAGAGAUGCUUGUCAGAUGGUACCAGGCCGGGGCAUUUAUGCCAUUUUUCCGGGCCCACGCCCAUGAGGAUACUCGUCGACGAGAACCAUUCCUGUACGACGAGCCGAUCAGGGGCUACAUCAGGGACAGUAUCCGACUGAGAUAUCAACUGCUCCCCAUGUGGUACAAUGCUUUCCACGAUGCCAGCAUUAGUGGCGUACCCAUUAUCAAACCUCAAUACGUUGUCUUCCCUGAGGAUGAGGCUGGGUAUGCGAUCGACGAUCAGUACUACAUCGGUGACUCUGGAAUCCUCUUCAAGCCAGUCACAUCAGAGGGCGCGACAAAGACGGAUGUGUAUAUUUCUGACGACCAGCCUUACUACGACUAUUUCACCCACCGCCUUCACCCCGCCGCAUCGCAUUCCAGACGUCUGACCUUUGACACGCCAUUGUCUUCGUACCCCUUGUUGAUCCAAGGAGGCCAUAUUAUCCCCUCUCGCCAGCGUGUUCGUCGAGCUUCGCCCUUGAUGUGGCAGGAUCCAUUCACGCUGACUAUUACCGUCUCAAAACAAGGUACUGCGACUGGUCAAUUGUACCUCGAUGACGGGGUUUCAUACGGCUAUCAAUCUGGAGAGUACGUCUGGCGCCAAUUCGACUUCACGUCGUCAAAGACUGGUGCAAAGUUGAUCUCCUCGGAUCGAUCGACGAGACAGAGUGAAGCUGUCACACAGAACGCCGUGACGCCUUACGAUGAAUCAAACCUUUGGGCCAAGUCGAUCGCUCACGUCAAGAUCGAGCGGAUUAUUAUUCUCGGUCUGGCCGCUGAGCCCAAGAGUGUGACUGUCGCCGGACAAAAGCUCGAGUCCACUUGGCGAUCGGGAGCGGCGGGCAAUGCCAACAAGGAAGGAGCGAGUUCCGAGCUGGUCAUCAAGAACCCUGGCGUCGGCGUCAUAGGUGGAUGGGAGGUGAAUCUCAAUUAGAAGGGCUUUUCACAGUCCAUGAGUGAGACGUUACAAAAUCAUGUGGACACUUUAUUUUCGCCUCACGACUAGAAUACAU